CACACACACAGACACAGAGACAGCGAGAGCGCAGCAGAGUGCGCGUGUGUGUGUGUGAGUGAGUGAGUGAGUGUGUGCGCCAGUACCUGUGCGCGCGCGGGAUGGAGAUGCUGCAGGGCUCCGCAGGUGUGCAGUCUGCGCUGAAGAACGCGGCGGUGUGUGUGCUGCUGCUCCCGCGCUUUCUGCUCGCCGCGCUGAUGCUCUGCCUGCUGGACUUCCUGUGCAUCCGCCGGAAGCUGCUGCUGAAGAUGCAGGAGGGCGCGUUCAGCAGCCCCGACGACCCUCCGCUGCGAGUGUCCGACAGCAACAAGAUGUUCACGCUGGAGUCGCUGCGCGCGGUCUGGUACGGCCAGAAGCUGGACUUCUUCAAGAGCGCGCGGCUCGGCGGAGCGGCGCCCAACACCGAGGUGUUCCCGCUGGAGGGAGACGCGCGCGCGGCAGAGCGCAUCCUGGAUUACGCGCGCGGCCGGAGACCGCUGAUCCUCAACUUCGGCAGCUGCUCCUGACCGCCCUUCAUGACCCGUCUGAGCGCCUUCCAGCGCGUCGCGCGGCAGUACGCGGACAUCGCGGACUCCCUGCUGGUGUACAUCGAGGAGGCGCACCCGUCCGACGGCUGGGUGAGCUCUGACGCGCCGGUGCAGAUCCCGCGGCACCGCUGCCUGGAGGACCGGCUCCGCGCCGCGCAGAUGCUGCACCGGGAGGCGGCAGGCAGCGCGGUGGUCGUAGACUCCAUGCAGAACUCCUGCAACGCGGCGUACGGCGCGUAUUUCGAGCGGCUGUACAUCGUGAAGGACUCAACGGUGGUGUAUCAAGGUGGCCGCGGGCCCGAGGGGUACCGCAUCGCGGAGCUCAGAGACUGGCUGGAGCGCUACAGGAGCGGCCUGCAGGAGUCCGCGGUGCUGCAUGUCUAGGAGACCCAAACACUGAGUGAUUGAUUGGUUGAUUGAGUGUUUUAUUUCUCCUCUCGUGUCCUCAUCAUCAAGUCACUGGCUGUUUCAAAACCUACAGACCCUUUUUAUCUUCUCUUCAUGGAGAUCUUUGAGCUGUUUCUUCAAAAGUUUCAAUGGUGUGUUGAAAAUAAUGCGUUAGACCUGCAGAAAUCAGCCACAUCUGAUCAACAGCAAUGCUUUUGGGUUUGAAACAGGGUUUAUGAGCGUCACGGCUCAUUGGAGAAGCUCUUAAACAGGAGCUAUAUUUAGGUGAAGACAACAUUAUUCACCCUUCUGUGAAAUUGUAAUUCUUUUCUUAAUAUUUCCCAAGUGCUGUUUAACAGAGCAAGUGAACUUCUCUUUCUGAUUGUCUACAGAGCAAACCACUGCUGUCCAGUCUCCUAAUCAUCUUGCAAAUUAACCAGUGAAACACUAGCACUGCCAUCCAAGUAAAAACAGAGGGCAUUAUUGGUUCGACAUUAGUCCAAAAAUGUGUUGAAGAUUCUCUGUUAAACAUCAUGAUGAGCCGGGAAAUACAUUUAAAAGAAUUCAAUUUUAGAUUGAUUCAUGAUUGGAUGAGUGAUUGAGUGUUUUAUUUCUCCUCAUCAUCGAGUCAUUGGCUGUGCUUCAAAACCUACAGUCGCUUUAUCCUCUCUACAUGGAGAUCUUGAAGCUGUUUUUUGAGUUUUGCUGGCGUUUUUUUACCUCAGUGGUGGUGUUUUAAAGCCUGCUCGCUGGCAGAAAUCAGCGACAUGCUGCUGGUGUUUUUGAGCUCUUCAAACUCUCCUAAAACCUUAUUUUAUUUUAGCUUCAUGGCUUAAUUGGAGAUUCAUUUUUUAAACUCUUUUUCAAUUAUUUCUCAAGCGCUGUUUAAGAGAGCGAGUACAUUUUUCACAGCAUUUCCUCCUAUAUUUAACUUCUGGAUAAAAUGUUUAUUUUAGUUUGGUUUGGAAUAAAUAAAUGCAUUUAAAUAUAAUUAAAAUCUGCUAAGGUCAAUAUUAUUAGCUCAUUUUUUUGAUUGGCUAAUGAACGAAACACUGUUCUCUUGCCUAUUUAAGCCUUUAAAUGUCACUUUAAGCUGAAGAGCUUGCUAAAUAACUAAUAAAUAUCAUCAUGGCAAACACAACAGACAUUCGUUUUUAGAAAUGCCUUUUAAUAAUCUGUGAAACAGCGCGUUGGGAAUAUAUUUUAAGCCAUUAUAAUGUUUUUGUCUUCAUCUGUGACUGAUUUUGAGCCAGACUUGUAAAUGCACUGUGAAGCCGUGAACCCAAACAUGCCAUUAGGUUACUGCGUUAGAUUUAUUACCGUCAGAUUGGCUGCACAUCUGACUUCAUCAUUAUAUUCAGACUUUUUUAUUUUAUUUUAAACAAAGUGCACCCUUUGGGGCCAGUGAAAGGUGGAGGUGUGCAGAAGAUCGAGUGCGAUUUGUGGCAUUUUAAUGAGGUUUUUAACUCCAGAGUGGCGCUGAUGGUUGAGCAGCUCACUCUUGAGGUUUUAAAGUCAUUAGCUGUGUUCAAAAUCUACUGACUUACUGAGAUGAAGCAGAAACUCGUAUAUAAUAUCCAUGCACACUGUAAAAAGCAAUUAGUCACUUGUAAAAAUUAAGUUAGUAGUUCUUAUUUUAAUUAUGCACAUUGUUCAUUGAAUAAUUUGAAGACUUGCUUUAGUUUUUAAGUCA